AUGUCUCCUUACCUCUAUAGAUUACCGAUAGAAGUCCAUAAAGACAAAAUACUAGACACAGUAGGAAAGUUUAAAGUGUGUGUAAUCAAGGGCCCGACCGGGUGUGGUAAGUCAACAUAUAUUCCAUACUUGCUAUCGUCUUUCUUCCCUUCCUCUAGAAUAGCAAUUGUGGAACCACGUAGAAUAGCAGUCAUGUCGCUUUACAAGACACUCUCCAGCGUAAUUGGCAGAGUUGGAUACAAGAUGAGAUUCAACAAAAGCAUUGGAAAAGACUCUAAAACAAUUGUGUACACAGACGGGAGCUUUCUGAACGACAUGGAUGAAGGGAGGUUUGACUAUAUUAUUAUAGACGAGGUACACGAAAGAUCCAUUAGAACAGACAUUAUCCUUGGGCUGCUUAGAAGAAACAUUAGGGAUAUCAGGGGAAAGGUGAUCUUGAUGAGUGCGACAGUAGACACAGAAAAAAUAUCCCGGUACUUUGGGGCCGGUGUACUGGAGAUUCCUGGAGAUUCUUAUCCUGUAAGGAUAGAAUAUCUUCCAGAAUGUACAAGUGAUUAUAUAGUGGAGUCCUAUUGCAUAAUCAAGAAAAUAGCACUUUCAAAGGAAUCCACUUGGGAUGGGUUUGAAAGCAAGAACAGAGAUAUUCUGGUAUUUCUGCCUGGAGAGGAGGAUAUCAAUGACCUCUAUGUCUUAUUAAGAAAACUUCCGGUGGUAAAGGUUUACAAGGUAUUUUCGGCACUAACCGAUAAGGAUCAAAGCAAAAUCUAUGAGCCUUGUAAAUUAAGGAAAGUUAUUCUCUCAACCAAUAUAUGUGAGACUUCCUUGACCAUACCCGGAAUCGGAUAUGUUAUAGACUCUGGACUUCAUAAGGUAAAGAUAUAUGAUCAAAUGAAUUACCUAGGGAUCCAGGCCAUAUCUAAAGAAUCUGCAGACCAACGACUAGGAAGAUGCAAUAGAACAGGACCAGGGACAUGCUACCGGCUGUACACAGAGGAUAUCUACAAUGAACUAUCUCCACAAAAGAGUCCCGAAAUCUGUAGGUCCGACUUGUCCCAAGCCUUUCUACAGCUUCUGAAACAUAGAAGAAAUCCACUUAAAUUUGAGUUUUUGGACUAUCCAACCCGUACAAAUGCCAUUGCUACUCUAGAUUUCCUCAUGGAAAAGGGAUGUAUCAACAUUAUUGACACAAGAAAGCAAAGCAGUGAUAGAAGGUUGGAUGCAAUUUCAAUGCACCAGGAGUGCAAUGCAGACUCGAAAAAAAUGAGCCUUGAAGAUCUUCAACUCAAGAUAACAAGCUAUGGAAAGGUUGUGCUUAGGCAUCCAUUUGACAUCCAUCUCUCCCACUUCUAUCAACAGUCCUUAGACAAAGGAGUUGGAUACCUAGCUUCGAUCCUAGUGUCUCUGGUGAGUCAGGAUAACUGUAGCUUCCUAAAAUAUAAAAGUAAGAGCCAAAAGACAGACAUUGAGUUUCUUAUAUCUCUUUUUGAGGGAUAUCUGGAGUCCGAGGAUAAAAAACAAUACUGCAUAAAACACGAGAUCGGUAUAAAAUAUAUGGAGAUUGCAAAAAGGAUUUUCUCUGCUCUUAACAGGAAAAAAGACGGAGAUAUUGAAAUGAUAGAAAAAGUCUUUAGUUUUGCAUAUCAGCACAAUCUUUGUGAAAGAAUGAAGGAUGGAAGCUAUCGACACCUGAAGGGGGGAAGUGUAGUGUGGAUACAUCCUACCAGCUGCUUUUUCAAACGGAAAGAUCGGUUUGUUGUUUUUGUUGAUGUUUUCUACACAACCAAGGCGUAUGCAAAUAUAGUAGGAAGAUACUUCAAGACAUUUUAA